UGGAUCGCAAACAGGUUCAAUCUCCCGCGCCCUAGUUGUUUGGGGCCGAUCGUAUCCAGGGGCAACGGCUGACUCAGCUGGUUUACCGCCCCAGUUCUGCCCACAUCAGCCCCACCGCUUCUCUCCACGCUUCAUCACUGCGUCGUCAAGCUGUCGAUGAUUCCCCUCCAAAAUAACCUUAUCGAUGCUUCGACGAUCUUGCUCCCAAAUACUUCUUAUCUCACUACCCUUCCCCACAUACCCAAUCUCUGAUACACACCAUCAUACCUCCUAAAAAUGCAGGCUGCACAGCAGUCCUGGGAGCUCGAAAAUUCCAUCAGCGUAUUCGACCCCCAACGUGAUGCCCUCUACCAGUACGAUGAAGCCACACAAAAGGCCCUCAACGCCGAACGGCCCUGGGCCUCGGACCCGUACUACUUCAAAUCAGUUCGAAUCUCCGCAACAGCACUGUUGAAAAUGGUGAUGCACGCCCGAUCCGGUGGAUCCCUAGAAAUCAUGGGCCUUAUGCAAGGCUACAUCUUGCCAAACACUUUCGUCGUGACGGACGCAUUCCGACUACCCGUUGAAGGAACCGAGACUCGAGUGAACGCUCAGGACGACGCAAACGAGUACAUGGUGUCGUAUCUGCAGUCGUGCCGGGAUGCGGGCCGGAUGGAAAACGCUGUGGGCUGGUACCACAGUCACCCGGGGUACGGCUGCUGGUUAUCAGGCAUCGACGUAGCUACGCAGCAGACACAACAGAUGACGGGGCCAUUUGUAGCCGUUGUGAUUGACCCGGAGCGCACGAUCUCCGCUGGCCGUGUUGAAAUCGGCGCAUUCCGCACUUUCCCCUUGGACUUUACCCCGCCCAAGGAGGGCCAUGAGGACGACGAGUAUCAGACUAUUCCGCUCGGCAAGGCGGAGGACUUUGGUGCACAUGCCAACCAAUAUUACUCCCUCGAGACGACAAAUUACAAGAGCACGCUCGACACUGAAAUUCUUUCUCUUCUUUGGAACAAAUACUGGGUUGCGACACUCAGCCAGAGCCCACUGUUCACAUCUCGAGACUACGGCAGCAAGCAGAUGAUGGAUCUUAGCCAGAAGAUCCGCAAAGCAGCCCGGGCUAUCGAAACUAGUGGACCGCGGGGCGGUUCGGCGACAACGAAAGACCAGCAGCUCGAUAAGGUUGUACGCGGCGGACAGCGCAUCGUAUCGGAAGAGGUAAAGGGGCUCCUGGCCUCUGAAGUAAAGAUGAAGCUCUUCCAGGACAUCGGAGAUCAGUCUACUCCAUCAUCUUAGAGUUCAUCCGCUAGAGAUAUUCGGCAAAGGGACCUUCAUUGCAUAGAUAUUGCUACGACC